AUCUCCUGAGAGGUCUCAACCUGUGGCUUUGCCAGGCUGGUUCACAAGCAGAAACUGGGCCAAGCGGCUUGUGAAUAGUUCCAGGGGAGACACCAGGCUGCAGCUGUUCUGAGUCCUGGACCAGCUGUGCAGCCUGACCCCCAGGAUCCCCAGCACCCCCCACCCCCAGCCAGAGAUGCAAAUUACAGCCAAAUCCUCCUAGCACAGUAUUAAUUUGCCCCCAGUGGGGGCUUUGCUCAUGCAAAGUGGGGGAGGGGGGGCAAAAAGGGUCCCACCCCUUAUGGGAGUCUGGGCUGCACCUCUGCAACCAGGAAUGGGAAGUGAGCCUGAGUUGGAGGGUGUGGGCAGCUGAUGUGGGCUCCUGGGAACCUGUGCUGUGUGCUGUCCUGCUAGCUUCCCAGCGGGGACAGUACUCCAUUCCUCUCCAACCCAGAGGCCCAGCCUUGCCCCAGGCUGGCCACUUCUGAAGCCCCCGAUGCCAUGGAGGAGUGGGAUGUGCCCCAAAUGAAGAAGGAGGUUGAAAGCCUCAAGUACCAGCUGGCCUUCAAGAGGGAGCUGUCCUCCAAGACCAUCCCUGAGCUCCUCAAGUGGAUCGAGGAUGGGAUCCCCAAGGACCCCUUCCUAAACCCUGAGCUGAUGAAGAACAACCCAUGGGUGGAAAAGGGCAAGUGCGCCAUCCUGUGAGGCCCACAGCCCAGGCCCCCGCCUCUGUGAAGACAACAGCAGUAAAGGUGUGACUUUUUAUAAAGACUUUUCAGGGUG